CAAGCGGGCUUAAAUCGCAAUUGCACACAGCUCUGUAGCUCAGAUGGAUAGAAUGAGCGGAAUACACCAUUCUCAUCCGCCGUCUAAAUUACAGGACAUAAUCAAGAAGAGGUGGACACGUCCGGUUACGAAUAUGCUGGUCCCCAUCUGGCCAUUGGCUCCCGAUGGUCAUGUCCCCAACUCUGUUAUCAGAGGCUUGGGGCAAAGCCAAGACAAAACAAUCAAGCCACGGUUGCCUCAGGUCAAGCCUGAUUAUUUUUUAAGGAGGAAGAAUAAGUAUGAAAAAGGCUUGAUGCGUCAUAAAGAAGAUGCAUCUCUGAUUGCACGCCAGACAUAUCCUUCUGGCAUAUGGAAGCAAACAACCAAAGGCAAGUUUGUCGAGGAGAGUGCAUCUUCUGAAGUGGAGACAAAUAUAAAGAAGGAUGGCAACUUGGAGCAUCUUCAAGAAGUUGUUCCUAAGAGGAAGUGCUUGCAACACAACAGUUAUCCUUCUGGGGGGAUGAAAAAGAAAAAGGCAGAAGAUAAAAAAGGCAACUUGGGACAACAGCUUCCAGAAGCUGUUCCUCAGAGGCAACAGAAUGGUUCCUCCAUAGAGAGCGCCAAGGAAAGUUGUGAGGAAGUUGUGCCGCAAAAUAAUUCUUCUUCCGGAGGGAGGCCAAAGGAAAAAGAUGAAGACAAGAAUGCCAAUAUGAUGCUUCCAAAAGUCAUGCUGCAGACCAAUCCCUUGCGACAAGAGAGUUCUUCUGGAGAAAUGCGAAAGAAAGAGGACGAUAAAAACACCACUGUAACUCAUCUUCCAGAAAUUGUGCGUCAGAGCCAAGAGUUGCCCCAGAAGGAGCAGAAAGAUAGAGGCUUCAAUCAUCUUCCAAAAGUGCCUCAGAGCCAAAAGAAUUCUUACUCCUUAAUGAAACUAAAAUCAACGAAAGUGUUCCAUUCAAGGCUGUGUGGCAGAAGGCCUGACUCUAUACUUUUCUACAUUUUCAAGAAAUCAAAGGAAGAACAACCAUCUUCUGUCUUCGGUUCAACUGCCCAAAAACGGCAGAAGCUGAUUAAGCUGCCUCGCAUACAGACAAAGUAGAACCCAGCCAGAAAAUAUGCAUUUCAUAAAACAACAUAACUGCAUGGUUCAGAUUGUGGGACAAAUGAACUCCUGGGCAAAAUAAAACA